GGUGGUUCACUGCAGCCUGCACUUCCGUGUUUGCGUGGUUCGUCUCUCUUUGCUGCAGAAACUCGGCUAACGGUACAGCACAGCUUUCAGAAAACCAAACAUGUCUCUGGAAGUGGAAUCAGCAGACGUGAUUCGUCUGAUAAUGCAGUACCUGAAAGAAAACAACCUUCACCGGACGCUGGCCACGCUGCAGGAGGAGACCACAGUGUCCCUGAACACAGUGGACAGUAUCGAGAGCUUUGUGGCAGAUAUCAACAGCGGCCACUGGGACACCGUCCUGCAAGCCAUCCAGUCCCUCAAGCUGCCAGACAAGACCCUCAUAGACCUUUAUGAGCAGGUGGUGUUGGAGCUGAUCGAGCUGAGAGAGCUGGGUGCAGCCCGUUCCCUCCUCAGGCAGACCGACCCCAUGAUCAUGCUGAAACAGACGCAGCCGGAGAGGUACAUCCACCUGGAGAACCUGCUGGCUCGCUCCUACUUUGACCCCAGAGAGGCCUACCCAGACGGCAGCAGUAAGGAGAAGCGGCGGGCGGCGAUCGCUCAGGCUCUGGCGGGAGAGGUCAGCGUGGUGCCGCCCUCUCGUCUCAUGGCCCUGCUGGGACAGUCUCUGAAGUGGCAGCAGCAUCAGGGCCUCCUGCCUCCUGGUAUGACCAUCGACUUGUUCAGAGGCAAAGCAGCCGUCAAGGACGUGGAGGAGGAGCGCUUCCCCACGCAGCUCAGCCGACACAUCAAGUUUGGACAGAAGUCCCAUGUCGAGUGUGCCCGGUUCUCCCCUGACGGUCAGUAUCUGGUCACCGGCUCCGUCGACGGCUUCAUCGAGGUCUGGAACUUCACCACCGGCAAAAUCAGAAAGGAUCUGAAGUACCAGGCGCAGGAUAACUUCAUGAUGAUGGACGAUGCUGUGCUGUGCAUGUGCUUCAGCCGGGACACGGAGAUGUUGGCCACGGGGGCUCAGGACGGAAAGAUCAAGGUGUGGAAGAUCCAGAGCGGCCAGUGUCUCAGGAGGUUUGAGCGUGCUCACAGUAAAGGCGUGACCUGUGUCAGCUUCUGCAAGGACAGCAGCCAGCUCCUCAGCGCCUCCUUCGACCAGACCAUCAGGGUCCACGGGCUGAAGUCCGGUAAAUCUCUGAAGGAGUUCCGCGGUCACUCCUCGUUCGUCAACGAGGCCACCUUUACUCCGGACGGCCACCACAUCAUCAGCGCCUCCUCCGACGGCACCGUCAAGGUCUGGAACAUGAAGACCACCGAGUGCACCAACACCUUCAAGCCUCUGGGAACGUCGGCCGGCACCGACAUCACCGUCAACAACGUCAUCCUGCUGCCCAAAAACCCCGAGCACUUCGUCGUGUGUAACCGCUCCAACACGGUGGUCAUCAUGAACAUGCAGGGGCAGAUCGUGAGGAGUUUCAGCUCCGGUAAGAGGGAAGGCGGUGACUUUGUGUGCUGCACGCUGUCGCCCCGCGGCGAGUGGAUCUACUGCGUGGGAGAGGACUUUGUGCUUUACUGCUUCAGCACCGUCACCGGCAAGCUGGAGCGAACGCUGACGGUCCAUGAGAAGGACGUGAUCGGCAUCGCCCACCACCCGCACCAGAACCUGAUCAGCACCUACAGCGAGGACGGCCUGCUCAAGCUGUGGAAGCCCUGAGUGCCGCCGGCAGGUCAGAGCGGCCGCCGUCGGCACUGUGGACGCCGCCGCCGCCGCCAUCGUCACGCAUCACGGAUUUCUAUUUUUCUGUUGUUUUUCUUCACAGCCUCGGAUUCUCGGCUUCCCUGCGGGUCACAGUGGACUGGAGGUGCAGAUGAAACCCGGGUGGUAAAGCAUCCGAACGAUCUCCUGACCUGAGAAACACCGUCUCACAUUCAGCUGUGUGCCUCCAUUUGAAAAUGUUAAUUUUAUGUAACCAGUACCAGCACAGAGGAUUCAUCUUGUUGUGCUAUGGAUGUGACUGAAGGCAGUUUCGGGGUUUAGAGUAACAGCAAAGUCCAGCCCCAUUUAUCUGAACCUGUUUUUUUUUUCACAGCAUGUGCAGAUGUUUGAAACACUGUUUCUGUGAACAGUUGAUUUCUAUGACUUUAAUAUCCACUCGGGGAAAAAAAAAUCUAAAAUCCAGCUUUAUUUUGACAAACAAGGCCUUCAGCUAUUUCACUGUAUUUUAAAAUUUACUAUCGGUGUCACUUUUUCAGUGGUGGAUAUUUGACUCUGAAAGAAACUGUCCAAAACAUGAACCAGCAAUACUUAAGUGUUUCAAACUGCCUUUUUUUUUUUUUUUUUUUUGGUGUCAUUUUUUUGGUUAGGAUACUUUUAAUGUCAGUUUCACAAAUCAACAAAGACGUUAUGACUGUGUUUACCUCAGUUCACAUUAAUGAGGCUCUGCUGUUUAAGGCCUAAACUUUGCAAAACUGUGAAAAACAGUUUUUUUUUUUUUGUUGAAGUUGUGUGUUUUGAAUUUUUGACUUCAGAGAGGAGGGAGAUUCUCAGAUGAUGUUGGGGGAGUGUGUGUAGACCGUAGAUUCAGCUGUUGUUUUGAAAAUUCCACCUUUUUGUAAAUAUAUUUUUUAUUAGCAAUUUGUUUUUUCCAAGAAGAUCUGGUUGGAUAGUGCUUUUGGUUUGUGUAUUCUUUUGUCUUUUUUUUUUUUUUUUUUUAUGUCACAGCAAGAAUUGAAAGGUUUCUCUCAAAAAUACAUCAUUGUGAUUUUGUAAUUUCUUUCCCCUGGAGUUUUCUUGUAUUUUCAAAAGUGUAAUUUUAUCCUCAAAAACAGAACUGCUUAUCAUGACUUAACAUGACUCGUUCUUUUUUCUAAAGGCCCAUAUUGCAUUUUAAUCAGUGAGAACAGAUUAACUUUAUUUUUCUCACAUGGGAUCUCGCUUUUGAAAGAAACUUCAAAUACCAAGAGCCACAUUAGUUUCUUCAUAGGACUUGUGGUCAGUUUCCUAUUUAAGAAGAUAUUUCCCUGCAAGUGCAUGAAUUUGUGUCCACACGAGUCAAAGUGUGUGUGAUUUAUUUAUGUACACGUUCCCCAUGUAAUGUCUCCUGUCUGUGCCAUUAAAGCUAUUUAACCAGAUGCUUUUUUAACAA